AUUGAAUCUUUAGACAAUUUCACUGAGGAUAACAAACUGUUUUCAGAGCACUGAAGUCAACAAACUCAGGAUAUUUUAACUAGAAGAAAUUAACUGGAAGAAUGAAGACAGUUAUUGUCAUUUUCUAUCUGCUGAGUGAGGUCUACACUGUCCCAAUUUUUCAAAAUGGUGAAAUGAAAGAUAAGAGGCCAGAAAACCAUAUUACAUCUGAAGAAAAUACAUCAGAAGACACGUCAUCUGAAGAAAGUAGUUCAUCAGAAAGCAAGACUUCAGAAGAAAAUAAUACCUCUGAAGACCAGACUUCAAAAGAAAGCAGUUCAUCAGAAUCAUCAGAAGACCAGACUUCUGAAGAAAACAGUUCAUCACAAGACCAGACUUCUGAAGAAAGCAGUUCAUCAGAAGACAAGACUUCUGAUGAAAGCGACAGCAAUUCAGAAGACACGAGCUCUGACGAAAAUGACAGUAUUGAUACUUCAGAAGACAAGACAUUUGAAGAAGAAGAUGAUGAUACCUCAGAAAUUGAGAGUGAUUCAGAUAAAAAUGGGAAUACCAGAGAUGACAGCAGGGACAGUGAAGAUGCUUAUAAAAGGAACAGGAUUAAAAUAUUUGACAUCAACCACAAAAGUGACAAAGAUGAUGACUGCAGCGAUAGUGAAACUGAUGAAGAUACCAGUGAUGAUGAAGAUAGCAGCAAGGAGAAGGAGCAGGAGUCGGAGGGGAGUGACAGUGAAGAUGAACAUGAAGGCAUUGAGCAUGAAGACAGCAAAGAAGAAGAGGGUAAUAGCAGCAACAUGGACACAAGACAUUACAGAAGAGGGGAGCGGUGCAAUGCUGGAAAAGGGGACGGUAGCUGUGAAGAUUCUAGUGAUAAAUACAUUUUUCAAAACAUAGGUGACAAUAGCUAUGCAUUUAGCGAGGAACUCCUCAUGCAUGGAGAUGAGCCCAAAGAAUUACAGUCAUGGUGACCUUAAAAAAAAAAAAAAAAAAAUCACUCUGUAUACAUAUAAUCACAUCAAUUUAUAUUAUGCAGAGUGUAGUGUUUACAUGCUUUAAAAUGUAAUUCAAAUCAUGAUUUUAAAUCAUUAAGGUUAUGUUUCCAGGUGUAAAAUACUGUCAGCAUAUAUGACAUUGAUCUCAAAGCUGGUAAUGGGAUGACAGAGUAUCUGUUAGCCUACUGUAUUAAUGAGACCACUGUAUUAAUAUUGUAAAACUGUAUAGCUGUAAAACAAAACUAACGUUGGAUGCAUACAUGUGUGUAACACAAGCCUGCAGUAUAUUUACAAUAUGUUCUGUAUAACCCUUGAGCAGUUUUCAAUCAAUGUUUUUGUUUUUUUCUUAUUUUUAUAUUUUACAUUGUAUGAACUUAUUUAUAUAAAAUCACAAAUACAUGUACUUAAUAAAAUGAAGAAAAAAAACCCACUGGGUGUUAAAAGAGUUCAGAAUAUUUCCCAAUUAAUAAAUGUCAUUCAUUAGCCAUUCAAUUUUAAUAUACUUUUUUGCAUAGCAAGUGGAGGUUCUUAUUGCUAUUCUUAGGUUGUACAAUCUUUAGGAGUAAGCCCUGUAAUAACUACAUAC